AUGGAGCUCGUUUACAAAAUAGGAGUGCCUGCAGGCGCAGCUUGCGCCCUCGUUGCUUCGUACGGCUUUCCGCCGGGUGUCGUUACACUCAGUGCCUUAGGCAGCAAUGCAGCGAAGGCGAUCAACGAUGCAGUUCGUCUGUACACCCCAGACGGAGAGCUCGAUGAACCAGCAACGAUCAUUCGUUACUUAUGUACGAAGUCCGAUGCCAAAGCCGUUCUUUUGGGCCCAGAGAAGAACGUCGAUGAACAGGCUGCAAUAGACCAGUGGCUCUCUUUCUGCGCAUCAAAAAGAUAUUACAUUCUCUGCAGCGACGAUCUCAACGACUUCAAUGCAACCCUCGAGCACAACACCUUCCUCUGCGGCAACAACCUCACCGCAGCAGACCUUGUCGGCAUGGCUUCGGUGUAUGUUGCUAUGACGAAAUCCUCAGUAAAGGAGCUGCAAGUGCUGAAACACCUCACACGGUGGUACAACCACAUGCAAAACCUUCCUGGUAUCAAGGAGCAGCGGGUGCAGGGCAUGACGGCGUUAGAGCUGCCGACUACAUCACCAGAUGAUAUUGUGCAGGCUGCAAAGGCGAUGGCACAGUCAGGGGAUGACUCGCAGCAGAAGCAGCAGCAGCAGAAGCAGCAAAAACAGCAGCAAAAGCAGCAGCAGCAGCAGCAAACAAACGGCCAUGCAGGAACUGAAAAGAGGGAGCAUUGUACAAACGACCAACCUGCUGCUGCUGCUGCUGCUGCUCCUGAGAAGCAGAAGGCAAGUCCCAAAGGACAACAAGCAGCAGCAACAGCAGCAGCAGCAGCAGCAGCAGAAAGGCCUUUCGACGACCCUAUGCGGCUGGAUCUCCGCGUUGGCCUCGUAAAGAAGGUGUGGAGACACCCGGAGGCAGACAAACUGUACUGCGAGGAGAUUGACUUUGGCCCCCUUGGCGUGCGUCAGAUUGCUUCUGGUUUGGUUCCGUUUCUGCAGCAGCAAGAAUUCGAGCAGCAGAAGGUUGUUGUUUUAUUUAAUUUAAAGCCGAAGGCUCUCAGGGGUUUCAACUCUCACGGCAUGGUUAUGUGCGCCAACGCAGAAGACAAGAGCGCCGUGCAGCUGCUGCAGCCGCCCCCAGAUACACCCCUGGGGGAGAGGGUUAUCGUACAAGGUUUAUCUGGAGAGGCAGAUGAAGUGCUGAGCGCAAAAAAAGGAAAAGAUACGCUGGCCCUCGUCUCCCCCUUCUUAAAAACCAAAGACGACUGCGUCGCGUAUUUCAAGGACCUGCCGCUGGUUACUCCCCAGGGCGCUGUGCGUUGCAGCAGCAUCAAGGGGGGAUACAUCUCCUAG